CAAUGGUAUCCGAGGACAGGACACUGCAUCUUGUAGAGUGCUUAGCGUGCCUGGCCGCGUGCGUUCCUUCACUUUGUCUGCAUGAUCUUUUUUUAAGUUCAUUCUGCCCAAAUGUAAUGGACUGUGUAUGACUGUAGCAAGUGGUCAGAGUUUCAGCACACUAUCACCUCGUAGAGUGGAAGAAGAAAUGGGUGUCAGGCCUAAAUUUAGCUCUUUUCAUUAUAGAAACAGGAUUCCUUAGUUUCCCAAUAAUGGCUGAGCCAUUUUUGGUCAAAUAUUCCAAAAGCGCACACCUUUAGCCACUGACAGAGCCUAGACUGUUUCAUCCCAGGAGGUGAAAGUUAUCCACAACAGAAAUAAGAGGCUUUGAGUGAAAACCAUUAGGCAGCUUCAUACAGCAAAUAUGCUGUAGUCUGUGAAAAAAAAUCUGUCAAAUCUUGGAGACAGCGGGUGCAGAAAUCUCACAAAAACAAUGAAAUCUGUUUUACAAGAGACCUGACCAUUAAUGCUGUCCCCUUUGCUCCUAUUUUCAGAAUUCAUCAAUACUGUAAGUACGUCUAUAAAUCUGUCCAAAUACAGCUUCGUGAAGAUCAAUAUAAAAUUGGACCCUAUUAAGCCUUUGGGAGGCUCCAAGCAAAUAUCUUCUAAAUAAUUAAGGCGAACAAAAAAACUCCCCAUCCUAAAAUUGUACCCAUGAUUUCAGAGUUCCUUGAUGAUGGAUAAAAUAAUUCAGCAUCCCAGCGUGGGUUUGUCUAAUCGAACCGUUGUAAAUAGAAGCAACUCACAGUUCUCAGACUUUGAGUCGUGUCAGCUUUCUUUCCCUGCGGUCUUCUUGCUCAUCACAGCUUACACCGUAGUUACCAUAGUAGGGCUUUUUGGAAACCUUUGCCUGAUUAUUAUAAUAAAAAGACAGAAAGAAGCUCAAAAUGUUACAAAUAUUCUGAUUGCCAAUCUCUCCUUAUCGGACGUCAUGAUAUGCAUCAUGUGCAUUCCUGUCACUGUUGCAUACGCUUUGAUGGACUACUGGAUUUUUGGCGAAGCCAUGUGUAAAAUAAGCUCGUUUGUACAAAGCAUGUCUAUCACAGUCUCUAUAUUCUCACUUGUGCUAAUUGCUGUUGAGAGAUACCAGCUAAUAGUAAAUCCCCGUGGCUGGAAGCCUAAUAUUUCACAUGCUUACUGGGGAAUUAUCUUAAUUUGGGGUUUUGCCCUCAUCAUAUCCAUUCCUUUUUUCAUAUUUCAUCAAUUGACUGAUGAACCCUUUGAAAAUCUCUCUCUCCAUGGAGAUUUCUACAAGAACAAAGUUGUUUGCAUUGAGACAUGGCCAUCCGUUACAGAGCGACUGAUUUUCACCACCAGUCUCCUGGUUUUCCAGUACUGCUUCCCACUGGGUUUUAUUUUUAUCUGUUAUCUCAAGAUCUCUGUAUGUCUCCGACGGAGACACGAAGUGGAUAGGAUGAGGGAGAAUGAGAGCAGACUAAAUGAGAACAGAAGGAUUAACAUGAUGCUGAUUUCAAUUGUCAUGACCUUUGCUGCUUGCUGGUUGCCUCUGAAUAUAUUUAACGUUGUUUUUGACUGGAAUUAUGAGGCCUUGAUGAACUGCCACCAUAAUCUAGUGUUUACAUUAUGCCACUUAGUAGCCAUGAUCUCAACCUGCAUCAACCCCAUCUUUUAUGGAUUUCUUAACAAGAAUUUCCAGAAGGAUUUAAGAGUGUUAAUUCACCACUGCAGAUGCUUGGCAUCUCAGGAAGCUUAUGAAAACAUCACCCUUUCAAACCUGCAAACAGACAUCUCUAAGGGGCCCCUGAAAUCCCAUAACAUGCCAGUGACUAUUUAAUAUAAUCCAGCCCAGAAGUUUCCAAAACUUUGUAUUUAUUGUGAAGUGACAUUCUUUAAAGGAACUAUCCAGGUCUCAAUCCUGUUCCUACUGAAGUCUUUGCCACCAAGUUCAGUGGGGCAGGAUCGGGCCCCAAAAGAUAGACGUAUUUUGUAUUUUAUCGGUGAUUAAUUCUAGCAAGUCACACCCAAGAAUGUCAAAGUCAAUGAGAGUGAAAUACCAACAGUAUCAGCAUAUUGGCUUUUCGCCUAUGAUUUCAAGGUAAGGGACGUGCUGCCAGAAUGCAGAAAUAGUUGGCCAUCUCAGCCCAUGAUAUACGCAACAGUCCCUCGGUCAAACGGUUCCUCCUGGUCUGCCUACGCAAUCCAAUUUUAGCAUCACCCCCGCAAUCCCAUCAGUCCUUCGGCUGACAUCCCUGGCCUUGUGCUUCUCAAUGAACCAUACUCAUCUUUGCCCAACGUCUCAUAGAAACUAUGCCAAAUGCGUGGUCAGUCCUUCCAGAGGGAGUUGAGACAGGCAGGAGCUUUAAUUUAGAUGUAGAUGGUGAGGAAAGGAAAGGCAGGGGAAAA